GAAAGGGGCGGAAAUGUUAACUUCAGUGUCUUUGCAGUGUGAUCUGAAAAAGUCCUUAUAAUCUGAAGAGGUUUUUAUACACAGAAGAUGUAUCUACAAAAUGAAUUGAGUGUGUUUAUUUUGCUGACCAUUCUUGGUGUUUCUGUGUGCUUACCGACUGGGGCCCCUAUAUCUGCCUGUCAAUCAAUGAUGCCUGCUCACCCAGGAGUCCUUCCACAGUCAACCCCAUCACCCUACAUGUUUAAGAUUGGCACCAGCUCUUUCCAGAAUGGCAAACCAAUAAAAGUGGAGAUAUUGGGCCCAACAUAUAGUGGGUUACUUUUGACAGCUCGGACCUUUAAUAGCACAGAUCUGCUUGGAAGCUGGCUGCAGCCACCAAAUAAUACCAAGAUUUUACCGUGUCCUGAGAACCCCACCGGUGCAAUUACCCAUUCCAAUACUAAUAUAAAGACACAAUCUACAAUGUAUACAUGGAUGCCACCAGAUUCAAAUUGUCCACCUGUUAUAUUUUUUAGAGCAACAGUAGCUCAGAGCUUUGCUAUGUACUGGCUUGAUGUUCAAUCUACUGCUAUUUGGAAAGACAGCGACGCUACUUGUGGAAAUGCAGCAAAUACCUGGAGAAACACAUUUUUUGCAGUAGUUUGUUUUGAACUGGCAAUUUUGCUUUUAUUGUAAAAUUGUUUAAAGUAUCCAAAUGGCAGCACAUGUCUGAGACCUAUAUACCUAACAUUACGAUAUUAUUUAUAAUAUGCAGGAAAGCGUUUGCUCACACUUAAUAUAUAUGGAACCUAAAACCAUGCUCCCCUUGAGUUUGCAUUAAUAUUACUGAACUAGUACAUAUACCCAAGCGUGGAGUGAUAGAAUGUAUUAUUCAAAAGAUAUAACCCUUUGCUAGAUCAUUUUUAAUUUCCCUUGGUUCACUAUGACUUAGCUGGAUAUCCUAUUAGUUAUUGUCAACCUCAAAUAGCACUAUAAUAUUGUUUUUAUGUGUAUUUAGGUCUGGCUGAUGCAUCCUACUAUACAAAUGAUAAUAUUACUUAAGCUUAAUUGUACACUGUCAUGCAUUUGCUUGUUCAUGUGCCUUUAUAUAAUGUUAAUGUAGUAGUCUCGCAAUAAUAAGGGCCAAGAAUCACCUAUAUAAAAGAUGAGGAAAGAAA